AUGGGCAUAAUGUUUGGUCACAUACUAAAGGUGCUGACAAUGAAGUCACCGAACAGUUCCGCCACCACUUCAGCGGAAGAGCUUAGCACUAGAAGAGCUCAACUAUUGUCGUCAAUCAAAACCUUUAUCGUAAUCCUAAGCACUUCUAUCAUCUCAUUCAUAGCAUUUCGCAAUACACUCACCUGGUAUUCAAUUGGUUCAGACACUAUGACACCCCUCGCAUCAAAGUCGAUGACUGCUUACCACCGAUUAAGUCCCGCAGAUAAGUCAUAUUUGGUGCUCAAGUAUUUGCAGCGCUUUUGGGGCGCUUCUGGCGAUUUCUGGCAGAGCCAGUGGGAGAAAGUGUUGGACGCCUUCGGGCACAACCAGUUCAACGUCGGCUUCUUCGGCACCUUCUUUGUCACGUUCUUCGUCUACUGGAUUGUGGGCACCAUUUACACGCUGAUCGACUUCACCGGGAGGCCCGCCUUUUUGCUCAAAUAUAAAAUACAGGACCCGAACGCCGCAUAUCCCGUACGCGUGUAUCCCAUACUAACUAUACUCCCGUACCCCUCAUGUGUACCAGUGUCAAAGAAGCAAAUCUUUAGCGUUCUUCGGCAAGUGUUGAUCAACCAGUUUCUGGUGGGAAUCCCUCUGACACUGAUCGGCCACUACCUGAUCCUAUGGCGCGGCUAUGAUUGGGGAAAACUGCCGACAUUUCAAUGGGUUAUUCUAGAGCUCAGUAUUUGUAUUCUGUUGGAAGAGUUGUGUUUCUAUUACUCGCACCGAUUGCUACAUAACCCGCGACUCUAUAAAUACAUUCACAAACAACACCACGAAUGGCAGACACCCAUCGCUAUUACAGCCAUUUAUUGUCACCCGAUUGAGCACAUCUUCAGCAACCUAUUGCCGCCAUUGCUCGGACCCCUUGUGUUGGGCUCGCAUACGGCCACCGCAUGGCUGUGGUUCACAUUAGCCACACUCUCCACACUGAACGCCCACUCGGGA